AAGUCCUUAAGUCAUAAUCUCACUGAGCCAGACAUAACACAAGCACAGCUCAUCGAGAACAAGAACACAAUGAAGACUUUUGCAGCUUUUGUUCUUCUCGUAUGCCUGAUCGCUGUAGGAGUGAAAGGACAGGACAGGUCUUCAAAGGGCAGGUGCCUGUGUGCAGACAAAGGUGCGAACAUGGUUUUAGUGAGGAACAUUGAGAAAGUUGAAAUCAUCCCUCCAAACCCAUCUUGUAGCAAACAAGAGAUUAUUGUGACUCUGAAGAAUGGUGCAGGACGGAAAUGCAUGAAUCCAGAGUCCAAAUUCACUAAAAAUGUCAUCAUAAAGGCUAUUGAAAAGAGGAGCUAACAGACUGUGCCACACAGUACAUCCGUCUCUGUGCCUCUGAAGAACACCAAGACAUCAUCAUAAGCACCAGCUUCCUUCAAAUUCCUUCACUGACUUAAGAUGUAUUCAUAUUUUGCCUAAUUAUUAAUAUUUCAUAAUUUGUAAGCUGAUUAAAUUAAUUUUUUAUGUGACCACUAGGUUGUUUGCACAAACAUAUUUUAAUAAGACCACUGAACAAUGUGUCAUAUGUACAGUCUUGUUAUAAUUUGCUGUAUGAUUUUAUUUUCAUUGUCCACAAAGUUGUCAAAUAAAGCUUUUUAAUAUAUUAA